UUGAAAACGAGCAGUUUUGUUUUUAAUAUGCUCAGAUAUGUGCUUCCAAUUUUCAUCAAAAAAAAAUUUCUUAGAAUUUUAUUUCUUUUGAUAAUUUCAAAGGAGUCAUUAUGCUUUUUAACGUCUUUGUCCUUAAAUUUAUGCUAGGAUCAGCCUAGCUGAACGCAGAGCCUGUUUCUAGUUGUCACUUUUGCAUUUAUAUUUUUAUGAUUCGCCAACUGUAAUUUUUACUGAAUUAUCUUUUUCCGAAAAACAAUGAUCGUUAUAGACAGUGGUCCUUCUAAAAGAAGCUUAAUAGUGCUUGCUGUUGGUGUCGGAUGUUUUGCAGUGUUAUGGCCAAAGAUAUUUUAUCCUAUGAUACAAUCUAUUCUUUUCCCAUUUGAUGAAGAUGAAGCUGAUAUUCUGAAUGAUAUACAAAGAUUAGAUUUCCAAAAGAUGCUUCAUCCGCAGAUGCGAGAAGCAAUGGGAGAAGCUAGACCAGUAGAAAAAAUAACAAGAGAUGGUAGUCAGAUUCCUUUCCAUCCAUCUGUUAGUUACACAGUAAAGCCACCAUCAAAAGACGCAGGUGUCGCCAAUCUAGUCAUUCCUAUGUACACCAUAGCUAUUAUUGUCUUCUUCAUAUAUUCUUUAUUUAAAACAGUGCUUAAAAAGCAAGGAGACAUUUGUCACCCACAUGUUGUUAAUGAAAACAGGACUUAUGUUCAUCAAUGUUCUGAGAUAGAAAAUGCCUCAAAUAAAAGGAAAGAUAUGACCCAAGAAAGAAAAGCACAAAGAGCUUUGGAGCAGUAUGGAAAAGAUAAAGUUCUAACAGCAUUGAAGACAAUCAUUCUAGAGAUGGAAGAUUUUAAAGGAACUAUUGAUGAAUCUAAUGUUAAUUUUCAACAUGUAUCAGAUUUGCUGCAUCACUGUGCGAGCAGAAUUUGACAUCAUCAUUUUCAUGCAUACUUAUGUCAUCCAGUUUUAACAAUAUUAAGUAUUAGAUAAAUAAAUACCUUUGUGCUGAACGGUAAAGUAAGACAAAACAACGUUAGAAGAAGCACAAAUUUGCAAAUUACAGCAGACACGUGUU